UCUCCGAAUCAGUUUCUUUUCUCCAUCCAUGUAAAAACACAACCAUGAACGUUGCAAUCAAACUAGCCUUUCUCUUCUUAACCGUCACCUCCACCGUAACCGCUACACCAGCCAAACGCCCAGACUACCUUUCCACACAGCAUGCAAAAACAAUCGCGGGAAUAUGCACCGUUAUCCAAUCAGACACAAGUCUAUGCACCAAAACCCUUAAAGAAGUUUCGAGCGAUGACCCCAUCACAUUAAUCCGAGCAUUACCUACUGCGGCUGAAUCAUCCGUUAAAAAAAGCGUGACGUUCCUCAGCGGAAUCAAACCAAAACACACAUCAAACGCAGUCGCAACUGCAGCGAUCAACAGCUGCGAGAAAAACUUGAAUAACGCGUUAGAAGAUUUCGCUGAGUUUUGGAAAGCUACGGGGAAAGAUGUAACGACGUUGGCUCAUAACUAUUUCACGUGUAAGAAGACGUUAACGUCGAUCAUGGGGUAUCAUUCGACUUGUUUGGAUGAUAUUAACGAUAAGAAUCUAUUGAAGGAAGUGGGGAUUGGGAUUGGUGCUGGGAAGAAUCUAAGCAGUGACUCGUUUGAUGUGUUUAAUGGUCUGCAUACUAUUUUCAAGACUUUUGGUAUUAAUGUGAAGCUUAACGAGGAAGACACUUCGCCCCGACCGCCACCAUUGUCCGAUUAUUAUUACUGAUUAAAGGAUUUGUAAAUAGUAAUUACUAUCAUAUGAUGCUUAAAGCGAUACUUGUAGUUGUAGAGAUACUUGUAACCGUAAUCAUGUAGCGGUACUUUGUAACCACUGAUUCCAAUAUAAUGAUAUCUUAUCUUAGAAUGGAAUCAUAGAUGGUUCUGUACUUCUGUCAUGUCUGAUUGUAUCUUACAGGUUUUAUUCAUGUACCGGAUUGUAUAUAUAUGAAA